GGAGGAGGAGGAAGAGGUCACUCUGAGGCAUGCAGGAGGCAGCAGUGCUGCCAGCAGGGGGGAAGAGACAGCCAAAUGAGAUUGGCUUUAUGGGCUGCAGCAACAGCAGCAGAUUAAAUGAAGGGAGAGCUGGCGCAGAGAGACCAGGAACUGGGGCACUUGCACGUCACGGUGGCUUUGACUGAAGUGUAAGGUUUGUUUGUGGUAAUCCAGAUUGCUCGAUUGUGAGGUUGGGCGUAUGUCCGCACACGUUUUUGUACCAUAGGAAGGACAGGGAAAAAAAACUAGCCUUUGCCCCUGUCCUUAGGGCUGCUUGCUCUCCAGACAGAAGAUGCCAACAAAUGGGAUCCACCAGGUCUUGAAGAUCCAGUUUGGCUUAAUCAAUUCUGAUAACCGGUACCUGACGGCAGAGAGCUUUGGCUACAAGGUGAAUGCUUCCGCACUUAGCCUGAAAAGGAAGCAAAUAUGGACCCUGGAACAGGACGGAGACAGUUCUGUAGUCUUCUUGAAGAGCCACCUAGGUAGGUACUUAUCUGCUGACAAAGAUGGCAAGGUCUCCUGUGAGGCCGAGAAGCCAGGAAGCGAUGGGCGUUUUGUAAUUGUCACUCAGUCAGAUGGGCGCUGGGCUCUCCAGUCAGAACCGUACAAGCGUUUCUUUGGUGGCUCUGAAGACCGGUUGUCCUGCUUUGCCCAAUCCAUCACUGAAGUGGAGCUCUGGGCUGUACACUUGGCCAUUCACCCACAAGCAAAUCUUCUGAGUGUCAGCAGGAGAAGAUAUGCGCACCUCAGUGCCCAAGAGGAUGAGAUCUCCACCGACAGCAACAUCCCCUGGGGGGUGGACUCCCUCAUCACACUUACCUUCCAGAACAAGAAGUACUGCUUGCGAACCUGUGAUAACCGCUACCUGCGUAAUGAUGGCACCCUGGUCAAGGAGCCUGACUCUCGCGCAGGCUACACCCUGGAAUUCAAGGCAGGCAAGCUGGCCUUCAAGGAUUGCGAUGGGAAGUACCUGGCACCCAUGGGACCUACCGGCACUCUAAAAUCGGGCAGGAGCUCCAAACCGGGCAAAGACGAACUCUUCGAUCUGGAAGAGAGCCACCCACAAGUAGUUUUCGUGGCCUCCAAUGGCAGAUAUGUCUCCAUCAGGCAAGGUGUCAACGUCUCAGCCAAUCAGGAUGAAGAGACACACCAUGAAACCUUCCAGAUGCAGAUUGACAAAGAAACCAAGAAGUGUAUCUUCCAUUCCAACACAGGCAACUAUUGGACUUUGGUGUCACAUGGGGGCAUUCAAGCUAUGGCUACUGAAGUAUCUGCCAGCACUAUGUUUGACAUUGAGUGGCGUGGCCGCCGCAUAGCCCUCAAAGCUGGCAAUGGUAAAUAUAUCUGCACCAAGAAGAAUGGACAACUGGCAGCUGUCAGUGAUGCAGUCGGGGAAGAUGAGGAAUUUGUUCUCAAGCUGAUCAACCGGCCCAUCCUUGUUCUUCGUGGGACCCACGGCUUUGUGUGUUACCAUCGCAACUCCAACUUGUUGGAUGCCAACCGUUCCGUCUAUGAUGUCUUCCACAUCAUCUUCAAUGAUGGUGCUUAUCAGAUCAAAGGCCUUGGCGGCAGGUUCUGGUACGUGGCCAGCAAUGGCACAGUGUGCAGUGACGGCGAGAUGUCCGAGGAUUUCUUUUUCGAGUUCCGUGAGUGCAGCCGUGUGGCCAUUAAAGGAAAGAAUGGCAAAUACCUCAGAGGAGACCAAGCUGGAACCCUUCGUGCUGAUGCUGAGACCUUGCACCGCGCCACGCUCUGGGAGUACUGAGCCCCUGCCUACCACGCCUGCCACGUAGCACCUUAGAAAUGCUCUAGGGCCCCGCUCAUGGGGGGCCAAGACAGCUCAUGGUGGACAGAGGGGUGGAGUAGAGGGGACACAUAGUGCUCCCCACAUGGACUCCAGAACGGUUUAUAAUAUUCCCAGUGCCCCCAUACGGGUGAGGAGACCUGGGCUAUUCCUUCUUGUUCCCUUUAGUCAUUUAUCUCUAGCUUUAGAAGCUGCUUCCAAAUAAAACUUCAUGAGAGGGAGACAACUGUCAGGAUCAAAGCAUUAGAAGCCCCAUGUCAGAGCCAACACAAUAUGCCUACGGCUGGUUUCUCUGCUCCCACCACUUUGCCCAUCCUCAUCUCCUGGAAGUGUCAUGUGUUACAAAGCUGCCAGCUUCCUCCUUGAUGUUGUUGAAACUCCAGAUAAUUUGCAGUGACACAUAGGUGUCAUCUGCCCUGCAUCUCAGACUAGGGAGGACGGAGACGGGGGAGGGGAGGAGGACACUUACAGGUUCCAGGAGGUGUUGUCAGUGUGGGAAUCCAACUUCUGCUGGUCUUAAGGAUUUGCUUCAGAGCCUGUCUAAAGGUGUAAAAGAAGAAGUGGCAAACAUCAGGGAGCACCAACAGAAUCCACAGGGAAGGGGUGGUGUGUGUCUGUGUCUGUGUGUCUGUGUCUGUGUGUGUGGGAUAUAUCUCCAAGUUCUCAGUGGAUGGCUGAAAAAGCAAACUACAUUUCACCUUAAUGUUAUUUCAAUGGUCUACUUUAGGGGGCAAUAUGUAAUCUAGCAAUGGAAAUUUCUGAAACUGAGAGUCUCAUUCCAUUUGCUGGGCAGGAAAAAAAACAAAAACACAAUUCCUGUGGAUUCUAAAGGUGCAAAAGGGACACUGAGAGGAACCAUCCAUUCUCACUGUAUACAAAGUGAUCUGGGCCUCAUGUAGACUUAAGAGCCUCAGUCCACCCCAACCUUAAACCUGGAGGAGAGGAAAGCCAGCUAAUUCCCUGCUCUGCCAAUAUCUUCAGUCUGGGGCUGCAUCUCAUCUGACAUACUCUCUUGUGCUGUAAGGAGUUCCUUUUUGUCACCAAGAGCCGUAGUUCCAGUAAUUCCAUCACUUAACCAUCAGACAUUGUGAGCCAUGUUCUUUUAUGUGUUAUAUUUCUGUGGGGCUUAGCACUUUCCUUCUCCGCUGCCCCAGAGGUGCAUGAAGGCCACAGGAUGCAGUAGAAGCUGGAUGCAGUUCAGGAACAAACCACUUCCAUGGGGUGGUGCCGCCACAAAGAGUUGCGUGGGCUAAAAAAAACUUGGCAGAGGUUGAAGGCUCUGACAAGAAUCUGGAAGAAGGGAAAAUGGUUGGGGAAAAGCCCCUAAGUCAUUUUUUUUGGAAGAUGCCCAAAACUCCUCAACCAGAAUGGCCAUGUUCCCAAACUCUAGACAGGUUUUCCCUAUGAAGAUUGGGAAGGGAGUAUUGGGGAGCCCUGCCUGGGACUGUCAAGACUCCCAAAUGUUUUGCAGAGUUCCAGUCCUGUCACAAAGCCUUGCUGGCCUUUACACACAGCCCAAAUUAGUUGACUGCACUUCAUCACACUAGAGAAAAAAAUCCACUUAAAAUCUGGUUUCUGCCUCCUGCAGAAUUCUGGGGUUUGUAGUUUAGUGAAGCUGUUAAAGGCUCCUCCCUAAGCUACAAAACCCAGAAUUCUGCAGGAGACAGAAACUGGAUUUUAAGUGGAUUUUUUCUCCAGUGUGAUUAGUGAUUUGGAGUCAUAAACACCUUAUCCUCUCACCUGCACAUUCUCUAUCCCUUCCACAAAUAACCCAAAGAUGAGGAAGGAAGCUGCCUCAAUGGCGUUUCCUGUUCCAUGUGCUCCCUCCCGUCUUCCCUGCUAUAGACAUAGUUUCCCAUAUUGAAUAUCCUCCAGGUGUUCCAUUUUGGCACAGGCAGUCCCAGUUAAUCCUGUUCUGUCCCACUUUUUUUUUUGUCCUCAGCUCGCUUCAACUCCUGCAAACAGAAUUCAUAACCCAAAAGCAAUUUGUGCUCACAUAACUCAGCAGAAGGGAGCAGAAACGAGGGGUCAGAAACCUGUCCUCCCUGGUCAUUCCUGACAAAAGCAGAACUACUGCAGCCUCUCCUGGUGUGUGUAUUCUUCCUCAUUAACAUUUUGCCAUCAUUACUGCACUCUGAUAUGGCUUGGGCCACACAUGCACUGUUUUCAUCUUCUUGAAUGCUGGAGGGUGCCUGAUCUUCCUUUUCUCACAGUCCUGGCAAGAGAGAAAUCUUGGUUCCAGGAUGAUGGGCCUGAACAAACAAAGCACUGUGAACACUUGUCAACUUGUUUUUAGGUUUCUGCGUAUUGUGCACAGUUUGCUUUCUAGAAGGCACCUCCAUUCUGAAUUUUCCUCUUGGUAUUACAGUGGUGCUGGCCCUGAUCUAAUACCAAAGCUACACGUCCUCCCAUAGAAUACCUUGGAGGCAGGGCUCCUUUCUUGGGAUAGGCAGGGAGGUUUUGUCACGUUUUUAAUUUAAUGUAUUAAAUAUUUAAUAUGACUGUGACUAUGACAAUCAUUAAAAAGGAGAGAUAUACACACAGACUCUUGUGCUGGUGAGGGAGAAUUCAUAGCUUCCAAAGAUAAGUGGUUGAUAUUCUACUAUUCCACAAAUACAAGAUGAAGGAAAAACAGUCUCACAGGCCUUUGGCACUUCCACCCAAGUACAGAGCUUUAAAAAAAGAGAGAGAGGGAUUGAAGCAUACUGAGGUAGUCUGUGAAAACCUCCAUAUAACUGGAACACACCUGCACUUUACACAUAACUGCUGUAGUUGUCACAAUGACCAUAAAGCAGAAUACUUGGGUAAAUCACUCAUAGAGGUUUUUAAUGUAUUGAAUAUUUGUAUAUGCUGCUCUGAAAUUAGGGUGGAUUUUUUUUUUUGGAUGAUGGCACAGUGUAUGACGUUUUAAAAUAAAUAAAUUAAGAAAAUAGAUAGA